UAUCAUAUUAUAAAAUAAUUAAUGAAAAAAAACAAAAAAAUAAUUUUGAACAUAUGAAAAAUGUAUAUAAAGAGCUACCAAGGUUUCCAUGACAUUGGAAAUCAAUGUCAUGGGAAGACUCGGGGGCGCUCUGGUGCACCGUUCGUAAAAUUGACGGUUCCUACCCCCAAACCCUGCGGUUCAGUGCAAUCCGAGAAACGGUGAAGAGAGCAAAAGCAGAAGCUAAGCGAGCUAUGGAGGGUGAGGAGACAAAGCAGAAGAUGACUAAGAUAUGGGAUGGAAUGACCAGGGCCGGAGUGGUCACCGGAGCCGCCGAUUUUGCGGCUCACUUCGGGGGCUUUCUCUCUUCCUUGUAUCAAAAGGGGCCCAAGACAACAUUUCAAAAUCUCAAGUCGAAAUACACCAUCGCCCCCCCUGAUUCUCAAAAGCUGGCUGAGAUCCUCGAAGGAAACCGCCGGAUUGAGGAAAAGAUAAACUUGGUGCUGCAAGAAAUCCGAUCCAGCAGAGGCGGCGGCGGAGCCAGAGGAAAUGGCAAUGGUGGCGGAAGCGGGAAAAACGGAGCCGGAGCUCCGAACGGAGGCGGUGGAGGCCAAAACGGAGGUGGCGGAAAAAGCCAGAAUGGCAGCGGAAGCGGGGGCCAGAAUAAUGGCGGCGGCGGUGCCCAGAAUGGUGGGGGCGGCGGAGAUGGGGACAUCGACGCUGUGAUCGAAGCUUUGAUGGACCUGGUGAAAUGAGGUGAGCUGGGUAAGUCCUUUUUUUAUUUUAUCAUUUUUUAUUCAAAAAAAAAUACCCCGGAGUAUGAUUUUUUUUGGCCAUUUUAUGAUUUUUCAUGCUCUUGUAUUAUACAGCUCAGCCGCUGGCUUACAAUCCUGAGGAGGCUCCGAUGAGGCGAUGAACAAGAUUAGGAGUAAUAAAUUUUUUAAGAAAAACUCCAAAAUGUC